CCUCGGAGCGAAUAAAACCAGCGACACCCCUGGGCGCACCAAGCCCCGACUCACUCCGGACAGCAGCAGAGAUGUGGGCCGCUGUUCUCCUGGGAGGCCUCUGUGUGGCAACUGUCGUCACAGCGAGUGAGGUGUGCUACGACCUGGGCUGCUUCACGGACGACUUCCCCUACUCGGGCUACACAGAGAGGCCCAUCAAGCAGCUCCCCGAUAGCCCCGAAAAGGUCAACACUCGCUUCCUCCUCUUCACCAAAGCCAACCCCAACACCUGGCAGGAACUGAAAUCCCGCGAUCCGUCCACCAUCGGCGCCUCCAACUUCGGCAGUGGCAAGAAGACGGCGUUCGUGGUGCACGGGUUCAUCGACCAUGGCGAGGAGGAUUGGGUGCAGGAUAUGUGCAAGGCCAUCGUGGGGGUGGACGACGUGAACUGCGUGGCCGUGGACUGGAAGGGCGGCUCGCGCACCCUCUACACCAAGGCGGCCAACAACAUCCGCGUGGUCGGAGCCGAGAUAGCCAAGCUCGUCAACACCAUGGAGGCUCAGUACGGGGCGCGCCAGGAGGAUGUGCACAUCAUUGGACACAGCCUGGGGGCGCACGCGUCCGCCGAGGCUGGCCAGCGCCUGCCCCGGCUCGGGAGAAUCACCGGUCUCGACCCGGCCGAGCCAUACUUCCAGAACUGCGACGCCGCCAUCCGCCUCGACCCCUCCGACGCCGCCUUCGUGGACGCCAUCCACACGGACGCCGCUCCCAUGAUCCCCAAAAUCGGGUUGGGCAUGAAGCAGCCGGUUGGGCAUCUGGAUUUUUAUCCCAACGGAGGAGAGGAGAUGCCCGGCUGUGACAAGAACAUCAUCUCCACCAUCAUCGACAUCAACGGCAUCUGGGAUGGAACCAGAGACUUUGUUGCGUGCAACCACCUCCGUGCCUACAAGUACUUCACGGAGUCGCUGACGAACGUGGACGGCUUCGUUGGAUUCCCCUGCAGCGACUACAACUCCUUUAAAAAUGGACAGUGCUCCACGUGCCCAAGCGGAGGAUGCCCCCGCAUGGGUUACUUCGCAUCCAAAAGCUCGGUGGCCGCCGGGACCAUAAACAACAUCUACUACCUCAACACCGGAGCGGAGCAGAGCUUCUCCCGCUGGCGCUACGAGGCGACUCUGACGCUGUCUGGCACCAAAUCGGUCCGAGGGAUCUUUAAGAUCGCUCUGUACGGGCCCAACGGGAACACUCACCAGCACCAGCUGACACCCUCGGCGACGUCGCUGGAGCCCGGCAAGACGUACACGUACCCCCUGGACAGCGAGGCCAUGGUGGGCGAGAUCACCAAGGUGAAGUUCCUGUGGGAUGACAACGUCAUCCACCUCGAACGCCCCAAGCUGGGGGUGACCCGCCUCGAGCUCAAGUCGCCGUUCGAACAUCAAACAUACAAUUUCUGUGCGAGCUCAAACGAGAUGGUGUACGAGGAGGUGCUGCUGACGAUCAACCCCUGCUAGAGACGCUCACCACAACCACCACCGUCGAGAGAGAAUCCCCGACUGCCAUUCACCGCAGAUGGAGAGCGGCUCAUUCGCAAUGUAAAUCUCACUUGAUGCAGCUAAUUCGGCUGUGACGGUCCCACCUGAUGACGGAGACUUGUGUUGCCUCCGAAACGUCGUGAUUUUUUUUUAUUUUAUUUUCAUUAUUUUUGAUGUUUUACCUACGUGACUUUACCGAAAAAACCUAAGAAUAUGUAAUAAAGCGCGUUAAAUGAUAAUAAAAAUCACACGCACGUC